AUCUACUAUUUCUCACUCACUCACAAAACAUUUCAGUUUUUAUUAGGACAUAGCUGAAGCAACAGUCGAAAAUGGCAUCCCAUGAUCAGAUGUACAAAGCCGGCGAAGCCAUGGGCCAGGGCCAGGAGAAGACCGGACAGAUGACGGAAAACAUGAACCAGAAAGGCCAGGAAACAAAGGAAAAGGCCUCGGAAGAGACCGGUGCUGCCAAGGAAAAAACCUUGGAGACCGCGCAGUCCGCCAAGGACAAGGCCUCCGGAGCGGCACAGGCCACCAAGGAAAAAACGUCGGAUAGCGCGCAGUCCGCCAAGGACAAGGCCUCCGAAGCUGCGCAGGCCACCAAGGAGAAGGCGGCAGAGAUGGCAGAGUCGGCCAAGGAGACGGGGGAAGCCGGCAAGGACAAAACCAGCGACAUCCUGCAGAAGACUGCGGAGCAAGCUAUGACCAUGGCUGAAGAUGCAAAGCAUGCUGUCAAACACGCCUUUGGCAUGGAUGAUGAUGAUGAUGACACUCCUACCACCGCCCCCGCCCCCUAGAAGGGACAAUAAUUAAUUAGUUUGGAUUCAAAUAAAAGUUUUUUUUUUUUUUUUUUUUUUUGUUUUUUUGUUCUUGUGGUGGUCUGUUUAUCAUUUUAUGUAUGUGUUUGUUUGUUUGUUCGUUUUUUUUUCUUCAAGUUGGCUCAUGUUUUGGGGUGGGUUGUUUAAAUUUGGUAGAAUUGGGUUUUCUUGUUUCUACUACUAAUACUUGAGCUGCUAGUUAUGAAAUGAAAUCAUGUAUUUUGUUUCAUUGUUGGCUCAAACUACUUCCAAAAGCGUCUUCUAAUAAAUACUGCCAUCUCAGUUGUAUGAAUGUUCUUAAUGUUUGUUAAAUAAAUAUAAAAUUUUAUUAUAGCAUGUUAUGUUAUAUUUUGCAUAACAAUAUGUCAUAAAUAAUAUAUAAUUCUUUUAAUUAGCAUUUUAAUGUGUGUCUUGAGAACAUAUCUUAAACGUAAAAUGUAAGAGGCAGAUAGUGAAGAAUAAAUAUAGUUCAAUAAAUUGUUCUGGAAUGAACAAAAAUUCAUUAAGGUCUGCUCUUGAUAUUACUUGGUAUUUUAUCUGUGCGACUAAAUAGUUUUGACAGGAAAAGGGAAGCCAUACAGUAGAAGAAGACAGAUGCAGUGUCUCCGUCAAUGGUAGGUCAAGAGUGUAGAAACACCGUGGUCACCGAGUUCAAGUUGCCAUGGCCACUGAGUUCAAGUCGCGUUUUCACCAUCUUAAUAUGGAAACAAAACUGUUUACAGUAGAGAAAACAGGAAAUAACAAAAUUCAUACAUAUCAUCAUAACUCCAUGAUCACC